CCCACGUUCUGAACCUCCUCCACCAAACCUUAAUUUAACAGGCACAGAAACGGAGAGGGUCUGCUACUGUUAGUGUUGCAAUGGAGAGGCUUAUCUCUUUCAACCCUAUCUCAUCUAAGCCCGCUCUCCCUCCUCGCCUCUCUCCGCUCGGUUUCGCCACCGCCGCCCGCCCCAAACUCGCCUUUUCUCCGCCCUUGACUUCUGCUGACUCGCCACGCUUCCACUCGAUCCGCUGCCGUUACCUCGACUCCUCCUCCGUGGUAGCUUCGGAAUUUCGCGAUGCUCUCUCCGAUAAGGCUUCUGAGCCUGCGGAUUUGCCUGAUGGGAAUGCGCUCCAGCCCAAUUUCAUCCAACAGAUUGCUGAACAUGUAUUCAACCGACAAAAGGCAGUGGGUGCGAUAAUACUUCUUUCAGCUAUCUGUACAUUGUUUCAUCCAGCCAUUGUAUCACCGGCUUUUGCUAGCUUUCAAAGUGCUGCAAAGGCCGGAGGUUCUGCUGCAUCUGCAGCGGGUAUUAGUAGUGAAUUACUAAACAGUGCAUGGACCGGGUUCUUUGCUGGCUGCUUACACACAUUAUCUGGGCCUGAUCACCUUGCUGCGUUGGCUCCACUAUCAAUAGGCCGGACUAGGAUGGAGAGUGCUGCUGUGGGAGCUCUCUGGGGUUGUGGCCAUGAUGCUGGGCAGGUGAUAUUCGGGCUGUUGUUUCUACUCUUAAAGGAUCGACUCCACAUUGAAGUCAUCCGAACCUGGGGUACGAGAGUGGUUGGCUUUACCCUUCUUGUAAUUGGAGCAAUGGGAAUUAAGGAAGCAUCUGAAGUGCAUGCACCAUGUGUUGCCCUAGAAAACGGUGAGUGUGAUGUUAGUUUAUAUGACGGGCUCGAGGCUCCUCCGGCCAUUGGGAAAAAGAAGAAGGUUGGCUUAGCUACAUUUGCCACCGGGAUUGUUCACGGUCUUCAACCCGAUGCUCUCUUGAUCAUCUUGCCUGCGCUUGCUUUGCCCUCUCGCCUCGCCGGUGCUGCAUUCCUGGGUAUGUUCUUGGUUGGUACUGUAAUUGCAAUGGGAAGCUAUACUGCCUUCAUUGGUUCAUUUAGUCAGGCACUGAAGGACAGGGUCCCUCGAAUAACCGAGAAGCUUACUUGGGCUGCUUCACUUCUAGCUAUUGGUCUAGGUUUAUCUCUUCUAGUCAGCCAAUUUUUUGGUUUUAGCCUGUAUUGAUUUGAAUCCUACGUUUUUAUUUAUGUUAGCGAGAUUUGUUUUGUGUUUCAAAAUCAAAGUUGACAAUCAGUGUUCUCUUUAUCUUUACAAAAAAUUAAGCUUUAAUGUUAUAU